CGGGGGAGGGGGCGUCUGGAAUUGCCUCCCCAUCGCUCCCUGAGCUGAACAAGCCUCUGGAGGACGCCCCGGCCCAGGCACUGGGAAGCAGCCACAUGCCGCACCAAGGGGCUGGCGGCGUGAACCAGCUGGGGGGGCUCUUCGUGAAUGGCCGCCCCCUGCCCCCGGGCAAGAGGAAGAGGAUCGUCCAGCUGGCGGCGAGUGGGGUGCGCGCCUGUGACAUCUCCCGGAGCCUGAAGGUUUCCAAUGGCUGCGUGAGCAAGAUCCUGGGCCGCUACUACCAGACAGGCGCCGUGGAGCCGAAGGCCAUCGGCGGCAGCAAGCCCCGCAUGGCCACCCCAGAGGUGGUGGCCCGAAUCGCGCAGCUGAAGCUGGCGCACCCGUCCAUCUUCGCGUGGGAGAUCAGGAGGAAGCUGCGCUCUGAAGGCAUCUGCGCCAGCGACCGGACGCCCAGCGUGUCCUCCAUCAACCGGGUGCUGAGGAACCUGCAAGGGGACAUGCGGCUCACAGCUGACUUUGCAGAGGCGCCCGCGUCCCGGUGGCACCCUGGGAGGAGCUCAGCGUCGGCCAGGGGACCCCCGCCGGGCGUCCAGCACCGGAACAGGACGAUCUUCUCAAGCCAGCAGUCCGUGGCCUUGGAGAAAGAAUUCCAGAGAGGGCAGUACCCCGACUCCGCUACCCGGGAGAAACUGGCCUCAGCCACCCAGCUCCCCGACACCACCAUCAGGGUUUGGUUUUCAAACCGAAGAGCCAAAUGGAGACGAGAGGCAAAGCUGAAGCUGGAGACUGACCGUGCAGCUCCCCAGGCCUUUGCUGCUUUUCAUCCGUCCUCAAUGACCGACACCAUCUCCACACAGCACCUGGCUGCCUCCCCGGACACCCCCAGCUUCACUGUCUACCCGGGGACCUCCCAGCCACUGCAUCUGAGCGCCUCUCCGCCCGGCGCCUGGGAAGAGCCUUGCUGUG